AUGGAAGACGAGAUGGACCAGCCCCAACGGAUUAGCCGUGAAAAGAGGCGGAACUACCCGGAAAGGGAUAUGACCGGGCGAACUGACGUCCCCGAGGGUUGGCGAGAGCCCGAGUUUCGGCCGGAAGAUAAUAAGUCAGGCGCUUUGCUCGACGUCUCUAGUUUCUCUACCUUGUUCCCAAUGUACCGUGAACCGUAUAUUACUAGUAUCUGGAAGGAUCUCGCUAACAUGCUGAGCAGCAAAUAUGGGAUUGCUGCAGAGCUUGACUUACAGAAGGGGACAAUUACCGUUCAAACAACAGACAAGACAUGGGAUCCGGCCGCAAUUUUGUCGGCACGAAACAUGAUUUGGAUGCUCUCGCGAUCAAUGACAUUUGAACAGGCUAAACGCUGCUUCGAAAAUGAGGUUGAUUGCGAUAUAAUACGGAUUAAGAACAUGGCGUCACGCAAAGAUAGCUUCAUCAAGCGCCGAGCGCGCUUUGUGGGCCCUAAUGCUCAAACACUCAAGGCUAUAGAGCUGCUCACAGACACUAAGAUCCAGGUUCAGGGAAAUACUGUUGCAGUCAUGGGAGCAAGUCGCGGAGUUGGCCUCGUGCGUAAUAUAGUCACAGAUUGCAUUGAACGGAACAUUCAUCCAGUUCAACACAUCAAAACACUCAUGAUUAAGCGAGAACUCGCCAAGAUCCCGGAGAUGGCCAACGAGGACUGGUCUAGGUUUAUUCCGACGUUUAAGAAGAAGAACACGAAGCCUUACAAGCCAGCAAAGGUUGCCAAGCGUAAACGCGAAAAGCAGGAGGCAGCAAUAUCAAAAGUUGAUCAGCAAUUGGCUUCUGGCGAAUACUUUGCGCGACGCGAAGGCGAAGAGAAGAUACUUCCGCGACGACUGCGUGAGCCAGGUACACUCUCGAGAGGUGGCGCUAAGCAGACGCAUCAGGGCCAAGGUGCCCACAGCUUAUCUGAUUCUGAAAUCCCUAGUGAUGGCCUUUAA